GGCCCCACCCCAGGCAGGGUGUCCAGGCUGUGGAGGAGUCAUGGCCAAGUCACACCUGCUGCCGUGGCUGUUCCUGCUGGCCGCACUCUGUGGUCCAGGCACUGCAGCUGUCGGGACCACCCCAUCCCUGGCCUGUGCCCAGGGCCCCGAGUUCUGGUGCCAAAGCCUGGAGCAAGCAUUGCAGUGCAGAGCCCUAGGGCACUGCCUGAAGGAAGUCUGGGGACAUGUGGAAGCUGAUGACCUGUGCCAGGAAUGUGAGGACAUCACCUACGUUCUCACCAAGAUGGCCAAGGAGGUCAUUUCCCAGGGCACGAUACGGGAAUUGCUGGAGCACGAGUGCGACAUCUUCCCGCUGAAGCUGCUGGGGUCCCAGUGCCACCGCAUGCUGGACACCUACUUCCCACUGGUCAUCCACCACUUCCAGAACCAGAUGAGCCCGAAGGCCACCUGCGAGCACUUGGGCCUGUGCAAACGCAGGCAUCCAGAGCCACGGCAGGAGCCAGAGCCGUCAGGCCCCCUGCAGGACAAGCUGGUCCUCUCCGUGCUGCCUGGGGCCCUCCAGGCGAGGCCCGGGCCGCAGACACAGGAUCUCUCCGAGCAGCGGUUUCCCCUCCCCAUCCCCCUCCCCGUCUGCUGGCUCUGCAGGACUUUGAUCAAGCGGAUCCAAGCUGUGAUUCCCAAGGGUACGCUGGCCACGACUGUGGCCCAAGUGUGCCACGUGGUACCCCUGGUGGUGGGCGGCAUCUGCCAGUGCCUUGCCGAGCGCUACGUCGCCAUCCUGCUAAACACACUGCUGGACCGCGUGCUGCCCCAGCUGGUCUGCGGCCUCAUCCUCCGGUGCUCCAGCGAGGACGGCGCUGGCCCAGCCCUCACCGCUCUGGGGUCCCUGCCAGGAGAAUGGCUUCCGCAAGACACUGAGUGCCAGCUCUGCGUGUCUGUGACCACCCAGGCAGGGAAGAGCAGCGAGCAGGCCAUGCCACAGGCAAUGCGCCAGGCCUGCCUGGGCUCCUGGCUGGAUAGGCAAAAGUGUGAGCAGUUUGUGACGCAGCACGCACCCCAGGUGCAGACCCUAGUGUCCGGGGGCUGGGACGCCCACACCGCCUGCCAGGCCCUGGGGAUGUGCACGACCCCGUUCAGUCCUCUCCAGUGCGUCCACAGACCCCACUUCUGACGAGAACUCAACGCCCUGCCAGGCCAGACUCGAGGCUCCUGAGGGCCCCUGGCAGCACCUUCACCAGAAUGACCUCUCUCGAACCCGCUCACCCCUCUGCCCAGAAUCCCUGUGGCGCUCGGUGCUAGGCCCAGCUCCCAGCUCCCUCGCCCUGGCCCAGCCCUCAGGGGAGCUUCCGUGCCUGCCUGAGGCUUCCCCCUUACAGCUCACCCUCUGCACUCUUCAGUCUUGGAUGUGUUUAGACCAAGGCCAGCCUUUCCUGAAACUCAGGGGAAAUCAGACUUUGCUGCCCGAAGAUGACACCCCCUCAGAGGCCAGGAACUCCGCCAUCACCUGUCUCCCCGCUCCUGAGACACAUCCCUCUCUCCCUCCCUGUCAUUCGGUCAGAGGCCGCACCUUAGGAUGGAGGGGUGGGUCAGAUGCAGCCUCUGUGCCAGGUGCCUCCGGGCAGGGAAGUGCCCCUGAGAACAAACCUGGUCAACUUUACAGUUCUCCCCAGAGCAAGGCCCCAACACAAAGGUCAUUUAUUCAUUUCUUCGCUCAUUUUUAAAAAAUGCAGUGAGUGCCUGUGGCCAGGCCACAUUCUAGGGGCAAGGGCCAGAGCUGUGAAUAAAAGAGUGAGCCCGCUGCCCUCCUGGAGCUCACACCCCGGGGCCAGCCUCUUCCAUCUGCAGGUCAGGGGGAAGCCCGGCCUGCUCCCCAAAUCCUCAGCCUGGUCUGUCCUAUCUCUAACCACAGCCUGAAACCAGAGCCACUUCCGUCCACUCUGGGUGUGAGGCACAGCCAAGGCUGCAUCUUCUGGAGGGGGUCUGCAGAGGGGGUUUCCGGGCCGGGGCCACCUUCACACACUACCUGAGCCAUCCCUGCUCUCACGGGGUAGAGAUCUCCCCAGGGCUGGGCCAAGGGGAUCUCGUUGUGGGCCCCCAGUGCUUCUCCAAGUCCUGGCUGCAAGAGGACAGCAGGGGAAAAGCUGGGCCCUGCCUCACUCCGAUCUCCACGUGCACAAGAUCCUAGCUUUUAUAAUUAUUCUGCUAACACUUUCACAAAAUUCAAGAUUCAGAAGAAUAAAAAAUGGGAACAUAAAGUACCAGAAAAGAUA